AUGGUCAACCUGACAUAUGCGCCUGCAUGCAAUGGAGCCAGUCUACCUCGGUUUUCAGAUAAGGUCAUUCUGCCCGCAGAUAUCCUGGAGCAGUUGGUCAGCGCUCGUGGGUUGGAUUUGCCACAUCCGCUGUUAUUCGAAGCCCGAAGCGGCCAGGCUCGGUGUUUUGUGGGGGUAAAAGAAUUUUCGUCGGACGAAGGUGAGGUUCAGUUGCCAUCGCUAAUAGCCGAUAAGCUUGGUUUAGCAAGUGGCGACACCGUUGCAAUAGAGGUUUGUGACGAUGUGCCGCGUGGUACCAAGUUGAGUUUGAGACUGACCGAGAUUUACCCCGAGAUCAUCAACUGGAAGUGGUUUUUGGAGGCGAAUUUGAGUUCUUAUACAACUCUCACCAAGGGUGACAUCCUGUACAUAGAGAAGCCCCAUAAGGUGUACGAACUUAUAGUGGCAGAAACUGAGCCAGCGAACUCGAUUUGUUUGAUAGAUACAGAUCUCGAUUUGGAUAUCCAGCCUUUAAACGAUGAAAUGGCCCGGGAGAUGGCAAGAACAAGUUCAGAGCAGAAUAACCAGGAUCCACCUUUAGAGCUCCAAUUGGGUCGCUCCUACACUGUGAAGACCAACUCUACAUUUCACGUCCUAGAUGCUGAUUCCUUUACACCGAGCAUAACCGCAAGCCUUCUGGUAGGAGACAGCGCGGAUCCGAGUGGCUUCGAUCUUUUGGUUUCCACAAAUAAAUAUGUGGCCAAGGAUAGCUUCAUUUGGUCUUCUAUUGCUGGCCCUAAAGGCUCGGCUAACUACGUGACGAUUGACCGGGCUUCUCCGCUUUUUGGCAAGACUCUUUUCGUUCUACCGGUCAGCUGGACGGGCAUUAGCUCAUCAUUUGAACUACGCAUCGGCUCAUCCGAGCAAAUUAUGCCGACGAAAUCCGAUAAUGAGAUCAUCUUGAGUGACCAGAACAUCGAGUGUUCCAAUUGUGGGGCUACUGUGGCCAAAAAUUCACUGUUUUUGCACCAGAAUUUCUGCUUCAGAAAUAACAUCAGAUGUCCAAAGGGCUGCGGGAAGGUGUUCCUAAAGCAUGUUCCUGAAUCCCACUGGCAUUGCGAGGAUUGUAACUCAUAUGGAGAUACUCCCGAAUCUUUUGACAUUCACCAGUCUUUGAACCACACGGAAAUGUCCUGUGAAGACUGCGAGGAAAAGCCCUCGUUUGUGAACCGCAUAGCUUAUGCAUUACACAGAGCAACUGUUUGUGAGGGACUGCUUCACGAAUGCCAGUUUUGUCAUCUCGAAUUGCCUCGUGGAAAGUCUACAGCCGAAGCUAGACUCUUGAGCUUCUCGGGCCACGAGUUCGACUGCGGCUCAAGAACCACCGAGUGCCCGAAAUGUGACAGGAUAACCAAGCUCAGAGAAUUGAAAUCCCACCUACAACUCCAUGACCUCGAGAGGAGCCAUUUACCCGUUCCCACUGUGUGCUCCAACGUCAACUGCGUCAGAGUGUCCAAUGGCACCAACUCGCCUGGCCUGUGCGAUGUCUGUUUCGGACCCUCCUAUGCUGCAGUUCACGAUCCAGAUGGAAAGAAACUACGGUCACGACUUGAGAGAAGAUAUGUGAUUCAAUUGACCAAAGGAUGCGGGAACUCUUGGUGUAAGAAUCCCGAGUGCAAGUCAAGUGGCUUGCAACAAUAUGGCAGCAUGAAAGAGGUUAUCGAGCACGUUACGCGCAUUCUCUCGAGAUCUCAGGAACAUCUGGCUUUCUGUGUGGAUGAAAGCACAACUAAGAAAAAGCUGCUUGUGGACUUUGUGAUGGAAGACCCUGGCCUCAAGUUUGCUUACGAGUGGGUUUGCAAGGGAGUUAAUGAGGUAGACUUGAACGACAGCAACGAGUCUGGAAGAAUUGCGAAGCUUUACAGUUGGCUAGAGGAUAAUGCUCCAGAACUUGCAUAG